AUGCGGGAAGGUGCGCUUCGCCGUAUCAGCUACUACUGUCCGACUUGCCAAGUUGACGACAGCAACCCCUGCAUUCAGUGCGACCGAAAUUCUGCACCUGGUCUUGGCUGUGGUCGAGGAGAGCCAGGUGCCAAGAGAUCCCAGAUAGACUUUGCCGUGGAGCUAGUGCGCCCGCACUGUUCCUGCGGGCAAGCUUGCGAGCUGAAGCAAACCUUCAAACCUGGGCCAAACCGCGAGCGGCAUUUCUUCACCUGUGCCAAGCAGCGUUGCCGCACCUUCCAUUGGCUGGAUGCGCAACUUCCGACCUGCGCUCAUGGGCGCACGAAGAUGCGUCAAGUCCUCAAGCUCGGCAAAAACAACGGACGGCUCUUCGCGGCCUGCCCUUUGAGACAUGGGUGUGGCUUCUUCCAGUGGCUCACAUGGAAGGAAUCUGCGAUUCCUCAGCAUGAACAUGGAGUUCAAAGUCGACUCGCUGCGCACGUCACCAGAGACGAGCGAACGGCAACGUUUAGUGGAAGUGGUGCACUCUUCAGCAGGUUUUCAUGCCGCGACGAACAUGAACCUCCAUGCCAGUGUCCGAUGCAGGACUCGAGCUGCAAAGCAGCUGGAGCAUCGCAAAAGCGCGCAAGCGCGAAGCUUCAGAUCUCCGGAGAGCCUUCCAAACGCCGACGAUCCAUCAGGCCAGCGCAGCCCACAGUUGCAUCAAUGCUGGCGGCAGCUGAGCACUUUUCAACAAGCCCGUCGAGCUGUGUAAUUGAUUUGACAUCGGAGUAA